AUGAUGGCGGUCAUGUAUGAGGACUCAAUGAGCAGCUCGCAAACAGCACUUUCCAUCGCUCUUGGGGGCGUGGUGGUCCACACCGUGUACUUUCAACGUUACGAGUACCACCGCCAUUUGUACAGCCUUCUCGGCAUCUCGUUUGCGAUCACUGCGUUCUAUCCGUACUUCUUGUAUCGAUGGCUUGCAAAAUCUCCAGCGGAUUCCAUCUACAUUGCUACAUUCCAUGGUGGCUCUCUCGUCGGCGGUGCUGUGUUGAGUACGAUCCUCUAUCGCCUAUUCUUGUCACCCUUGAACCGGUUUCCUGGCCCAUUUUCCGCACGCUUGACCGAUUUUUGGUUGGCUUUCCAUGUCGGCAAGAAGCUGAACCAGUACCAAAGGCUGCAGGAUUUGCACCGACGAUACGGCCGGAUUGUACGCACUGGCGCAACCCAUCUCUCCAUAUCAGAUCCUACCUUCGUGGAGCCGGUGCUGGGAUACAAUGCUACCACAGUCAAAGGAGCUUGGUACGACAUCGACUACCCCCAUCACUCUCUUCACGAGGAGCGAGACCCAGCAAAGCAUGAAGCGAAACGAAGGCUUUGGGCGCCAGCCUUUUCGGUCAGCGCUCUACGUUCUUAUGACAGGGAGAUUCAACCUGUGAAUCGCAAGUUCGUGCAACGUAUCACCGAGCUCGAGGGCGUUCCCAUGAAUAUAACGUACUGGAUCUCGAUUCACAUGUUCCUCGUCAUGCAGGCCACCGUGUUUGGCAAGCAUGAUGCUCUUACCGGUAGCGGAGAAGCUGCUGCUAUGGUCGAAGUCCUCUCGAGUGGUAUGGAAAUACUGGGUCUGGUGCUGCCCCCUUGGUUCAUUCGUCUCUUGAAGCUCAUACCAGGCAAUCCGCUGGCAGAUUUCCAUGCCUUUACCAACCGAGAGUUGGAGAACGCAGUGCGAUCCAACUUUUAUCUUGGUAAAGAUGCGGACCAUCCAAGCAGCCGGAGUAUGGUGUCUUGGCUCCACAGGAUCUACGAGCAUGAGCCAGAUCCAGCGACCAACGCCCUAUUCAGAGUGGACGCCAGACUACUUAUCACGGCAGGCAGCGAAACGAGUGCAUCUGCCAUGAUAUAUCUCUUUUAUCUCUUGGCAAAGCAUCCCGACCAUGUACUGAUAAUCCGAGAGGAACUUGGAGCAUGCAUCCAAGGAGUUGAAUCGUGGUCGGAUGUCGACAUCAAUAGCUGCAAGCACCUAAAUGCAUGCAUCAAGGAGGCAUUGAGACUCUUCCCUCCUGGACCCAGCGGUGUCUUUCGCCUCACUCCACCACAAGGGCUGCAAGUCGGAGAGAUCUACAUCCCCGGUAACACGAACAUACAGCUUCCGACUUUCAGUGUUCAUCGCGACGCAUCCGCGUAUGUGCAAGCUGAGGCGUUCAUUCCAGAGCGUUGGUAUAGCAAGCCCGAACUCAUUAAGAACAUCAAUGCGUGGGUACCCUUCGCGCACGGGCCUUACCAAUGCAUCGGGAAGUCUUUGGCCAUGAUGGAGAUUCGAUCCUUGACUGCAAAGGUCUUAUUGGCACACGAUGUGCGUCUUGCACCAGGGGAAGACGGUUCUCUUCUACUGAACGAGUCGAAGGAUCAUUUCAGCAUGUCGCUUGCACCCUUGAAUCUAGUCUUCAAUCGAGUAAAGUGA